UUGCUGUAUGCCAUGUACAAAUCACAGGGUCCUCCGCCCAAACUUAACGCCCACACAGCUUUGAAAUGAAAACAUCCACCAAUGUCUUCAAAGUCUCAAACUCCUCUGCCACUUCUCACCACAGACGAUGAUGAAGAUUAGUACAGCCCGACAAUUUAUGUACUGAAUGAAUGGAUUAUACGAGUUGGACAAUCUGUAUUGAAGUCUUUUUAAAGUUAUAGCACGAUCAGAUUUGACACUUGAAAUUGAUGGGAAAAAAUUACAUAUAAUCUGAACAAAGGUUCCAAGAGCAAACAAUCGAUCCUCAUUACUCUUUGUCUAUAGUACUGUACUGUAUCUGAAAUAGGUUCAAAGAAGACAAGGACUUUUAAAACGCCAGGCACUGUAAUGAUCUCCACCAAGUCAAAGCGGUGGGAUUCAAAUGCUAUUCAGGAGUGAUACCACUGCCAAAAUUAUCUUCCACAUCGUUGUUGAUGCAGUUGUUGCAUGGGUUAAUAACAUAUGCUUCAAGUCCUUAAUAUGACCCGCACUUUCUCAGCUGAGGAAAUCGAGAGGCCCGUAACAGGCAGGCUCCUUCACAGGGCAAUAUGGGGAUAUUUUUAGCGUGUGUGUGACUAAUUUAAAACGUAAUGAAGGAAACCGGUUGGGUUUGGCACACUGUUGGAAGUCGAUCAUGUCAGCAGUUGAAAAAUGAACAUCAGAGGCCCAACUCGACGUACAUCUGGUGAAAAUUUCCACGGAAUCACAAUCGCUUGAUGGGAGUGAAGUGUGAGUUUGCAAAGCGUUACGUCCGCAUUUAGGCCGUGAGAGUUUCAUAGUCAAAAUAACAUUCAUUGACGAGUAAAGGCCAUAAUGACGCGUCGGGAUCAAUUGGAUCAAUUCCAUGUCAAAACGUGAGCAGAUCGUGGUCAAGAUUUCCGAGUUUGAAGAGAGGAAAUCAGCUCCUUGAUUUCCUCUGAUCGUCGCUCAAGAUUCUCUCUCCAAGAGAAGAGCUCCUUCUCGAGCGAGCGGGAGAACCACAAAAGCUCAUGGCGCAUUUGGUUGAGGACAUCACCAAAUACUUUGUGUUUGAGGACACAGACAUUGACAAUUGGCACUUCAAGCUCCAUUCCAAAGGAUGUGUGAUCUUGUUCUUUGCCGGAUCCAUGGUGGGCGUGAUGAGCCAGUACUUUGGCGAGCCCAUCCAGUGCGACUUCAAAGGCGUCGAUGGAGAGACAGCCAAAGACUAUUGCUGGAUCCACGGUUCCAGUUACAUACCGACGCAAUAUCAGGCCCAUAUGGACUGUAUAGCGGACAUGGAAGGUGUGACCAGGAAAGAGGAGGCUCCAGACACCUCCUACUACCAGUGGGUCACAUUCAUGCAACUCUUUCAAGCGGGCCUCUUCAUGGUGCCCAUUCGCAUCUGGCGCUCCCUCGAAGGAGGCCUCAUUGCCUCGUUCGGUACCGAGGGCAAGUCCGUGGUCAUGCUCACCGAGGAGGCCAAAUAUGAUGAUGGCGUGGUGAUGGAGGUGGUGGUGGAGAAGUUUGUGAAAUAUUUCCGUACCCUUCUGCAUCACAAUCAAAAAUAUUUCAUCAACUUCCUCUUAUGUGAACUAAUGAACUUUGUCCUGCUCUUCUUCAACAUCUGGGCCACCAACAUGUUCCUUCAAGGCCAAUUCAUUGGCUAUGGAUGGGGCGUGCUCAAGUGGUAUUCGCUCUCGAAGCCCGAGCGCCAACUGGCCGUGAGUCCUUUUUGCGCCACUUUCCCCAAGGUCGUGAGUUGUGAUGUGCCUUCCAUUGGUGCGGCGGGUCACGAGCAGUGGCACAACGGCCUUUGCAUCCUCUCCCAAAACAUUAUCAAUGAGAAGAUGUACCUCAUGCUGUGGUUCUACUUGGUCUUUUGCGUUUUCGCCACCACCCUCUUCCUCUUCUACCGGGUGUGCACCCUUUUCUUCGAGCCCAUCCGCUUCUACCUUCUGUACAAUCGGAUCAGCCACAAAUACGAUGAGGAGAUCCGCGUGGCCUUGAAGUUUGUUCUGGAUCGGUGCUACAUCGGCGAUUGGUUCGUCCUUCUUCAAUUGUGCCGGAAUGUGAACGUGUAUUUCUACCGUGAAUUCAUCAAAGGCAUGGCCAACGAGCUGGCCAACCACCCCAAGAUGAAAGGUCACAUUCGACGACUGGUAAUGUCACCAGAUUUUAUUGCGGGUGUUCACAGAAACAACGAACUUAGGGCCAGCAUUUCACUUGAGAACCCUGAGGGCGCCAUCAAAGUGCUGGAUGCCACGGUUCAACCUCAUCGUUCGAAGGCGUUCCUUCGCAUAGAGCACGAGCAUAAACUCCGCCCCCACCUCCAACAGCAUGGGCGUGGCAAGCGCGGCAAGGGCAAGGGCAAAGGCCGGGGCAAGCGCCUCAUUGUCUAGACAGGGUUCUCAAGUGAAGACCGAAUAUAAGAUUCUUGGCGGAGGAUUAAAAUGAGAAUAGUCACAAAAGCAAAAGCAAAAACGCACGUCUUAUUGUCUCUUUUCCAUCCCAACUUUUAUGGGGGUUGGGCUCGAAUGAAAACGAAUUGAGUCCUUGUCCCUCUUUUUGAAGUUUGUGACUAUUUCUUAUUUACAGAUCCGAAACAAGAAGAACCAAUUGACGCUCAAACUGAUACAGAACCACAACAAUGAGCCCGAUACGAUCCCUGAAGAGGAGGACAGUGAGGCCAAGCACGAGGCCACGAGACUUCUCUCGGAUAAAUAUGACAAUUUCGAUUCC